AUGCAGGUCCCGUCGAAGGAUCUUACCGGCAAAGUAGCAAUAAUCACGGGGGCCAACAGUGGUAUUGGCUUUCAGCUCGCCCUCGACCUCGCCCGCAUGGGUGCAAGUGUAUAUCUGGCUUGCCGUAACACUGAAAAGGGCAAAGAGGCUGCCGAAAGAAUCAUUGGCACGCUUUCGGGGAAGCCCGGGAGCGGGGCGGAAAAGCUGGACUCUCGCAUCCAUGUCCUCCAUCUCGAUACGUCGAGUAUGGAAUCAGUCCGCCAAUUUGCAAAGCUGUGGCAAGCCAGCGGACGUCAAGUCGACAUUUUGGUUCACAACGCCGGCAUCUCUUCCGCUCCGAACGGCAAGCAGGUCACCGGCGAAGGCCUGCACAUGUUCUACGCUACCAACUUCCUCGGCUCAUUUGUCCUCACUGCCUUGCUUGAGAAGCACCUCGCACCAAAAGCCCGAGUCAUCUUCACUGCCUCGUUCGGCGCGUACGCUGGCGACCUGACCUAUCUUCUCUCCGCUCCUCGCGGCCUCAAGCAAGAAGGCUUUCUCGAACGCACCUUUGGGCGUGACAGCCGCAACUACAAUAAUACGAAGCUCAUGCAAGUCGCGUUCACUAGACUCACGAAAGACGUGUACGCCACUCAGCGCAACAAAGGUCCCACUGCUCAUGCGUUUAUGCCCGGUUUCGUCUUCACGCCAAUCUUCGGCAAGACAGCAUGGGCACUGGAUUCGGUGUUCCUUUUUCUGAAGGUUGCGACGUCCUUGAGUAUCCCUGUGGAGCAAGGCGCGGCUACCGGGCUGUAUUUGGCGACGAGUGACGAUGUGGAUGUGAUGAUGGGCGGUGGGUAUUGGGAUCGUCUAAGGAAGAGGACGACAUGGGUAGACGUUAUGGACGAUGGGCUGCUGGAGAGGUUGUGGCAGUGUUGGGAGCAGGACGGAGGUGUCACUUGGGAUCCGUAA